UAUCAAAAUUAGCAAAUAGUUCACUAGUUAUAGAAUUAUUAGAGGAUAGAGAUGUAAAAAUUAGUAUCAUAGAUAUAGAAGAGGCAGUAUUACUAUCUAUUAUUGUUAUAAUAAGAGAAUUAAGAGAGCAAGUAAAAUAUAAAGCAGAUAGAUAA